AAAACCUUGAAUUUUUCACGAUUUAACUGAUUAUAAUACAGAAAAAUAAAAUAAUUUUAUUUAUAUAUCAACCGCGCUUGCAUAAAAAAAUCGCCGUGGAGCCUAACACGAGUGUAGAGAUGUGCACGGGGGAGUGGAGAGGUAUGGGGGUAGCCCGUUCCCCAUCACAUGAAUCUGUAACGACAGAUUUGUCCCUAUUUAGUGUUUCAUCUGCUGCUUCUGAUGCUAGAGUACUGAGGUUGCUCGCCUGUAAGGCUGGCCAAGGACCGGAGCCAUCACUCCGUGUUGCCAGUCCCAAUCCUGAAGGAAAGGCAUUAAGCCUUCGUCGCGGUUCACCGGCAGUACCACUUCAGAGUGACGCGUGUCGGGACUUACUGGCGGGUUGCGCGUCUCUCUGUGCACAAUUAGGACUACGCAGGUCAUUCAGCGCUGGUGAUGUGUCUGCUCCGGGUGCCCUACCGCCUGUCAGAUCCGCAACUUCAGAGGUUGGUUUAUGCGCUGCCCUUGAAGCCUUAACUUUGAAUGCAGCAUCCCGUUCUUGCAGCACAUGGGUGGCUGUAGGUGGUUCCCAGCUGCCAUCACCACAAAGGUCGCAGCCGGUCCAACUUCCCCAGAGAACGCUUCCGACUGACAAUAAAAAGGUCCGCCAAAGCUACAUCAAACGACGUUUGAUCACGACAUACAGAGCAUUGGAGAGAAUGUCGCAAUCGGAAUUUAAUUUGGAUAAGUUAGAGGCUGCCGCAGUGAGUGCUGUAUCAGCUGUGAAUCCGGGCCCCAUCACCAUCACUGUGCCCACAAAGAACACGAGUUUCGUUCAUCCAGAAGCGGCACAUUUAGCUUUGACAGCUGCCGACCUCGAGAGGGAAAGGGGAAGGGCUCUUUCGAAGUAUGAGCGUAAUAUGAUGAUAUUUAACUGGCUUCACACAUUGGACGAGGCAUCUCCAUUUUAAGGUAUGUUGUCAUACCUUAAUGGUUGUCAAAGUCAAAUAUGAUCUCAUGUUUAGGUUAUGUCCGAAUGUUAAAACGUUGUCAAAACUAAAUUAUAAUCCUAAUGCUUUUAUUAGUUGGCUAAUUUGCGUGAUUUUAAAAUAUGUAACUGAUUGUCUUUUGAUGUGUAUUGUUUAAUUUAGUUAUGUAAUCCCUGAUAGAUACAUGGUUGUCAAAGCAAUAAUGAAUAGCUGUCAAAACUUAAAAUGUUAACGUAUAUUGUAUCACCUGACUAUAUAUAUGAUGAAAUGGUUGUCAAAACAACUCAUAUUCAUAUUUUGUCAAGAAAAGUCAUGGUUGUCAGAUGUGAUCUCGAAUCUCAGUAUUUUUUUAAUGUUAUUAUAAUGUAUUUGUUAUUUAAUUUGUGAUUAUCUUUAUGUAUGUAUGUAUAUCAUUCUGCACACGAUUAAAAUAAGUCGAAAUGUAAUAAAACAAUUGGAUGUCAGACACUUCGAAACAAUGUGUAAAUCUGCGAAGGCACUGUUUUACUUCAUAGUACCAGGCUAUUGACAAACACGUUUGGGUCAAGUAUGUCAUAAUUCAUUAUAAUACGUGAGUAGCAGUAUUGCCGCUCGACUGUGUUCGGCCGGAUAUCCGUUUCAUUACGAGUUACUAGUACGACAUCAAACUUGAGACGCACUUAUGACACAUUCGUCAAUUGUCAGUUUGACUUUCGUAAAAGAGUAUAUUCAUAAUGACAUACUGUCAAAUCAAUCAAUAAAUACGGCGAAUUAUAACGAUUAUAAAAAACAUUUGAACAAACAUUGUGUUGACAGUUGACACUGUCAGCUGUCAUCUGUCAUUCUUAAAAUGAAAUACGUUCGUUAGUGGGAAAAUAUGCUUCCAAUAAAAUUAAGACAACUCUAGAGAAUGGCUUUGCUUAGUAAAGAUCUACAAUACUGAUAAUAAUAUAAUCUUAUUGAUACCCUAUAGAUACAUUGUCUCACUAUAUUAAGAGUGAAAAGAGUGAGACAAAACAAUCAAUUUUGGCUUUAUGUAAAUAUGAUAGUUAUAAAGGAAAUUCACAUAAUUAAUAGAAACUAAUUCAUUUUAAAGUAAGAGACAAACAGAUCAUAGAUUACUUUUUACAAGGCCUACGCGGUAUUUAUAGUUAAAAUAUAAGAUGGUUUUUCAAAAUGAUAAUGAAGUUAGUGGGGUUUGUGUUUUGGUUAUUGAUAUUUUUAGAAGAGUGGCUCGCGAGUGCGUUGCCGGCUUUCGUAAUAUUUUCAUAGUCGAAACUCAGAUGUAACUCCCAUAUAUCAAAACUAAUUGGAUUUUCGACUCUUACCCUAAUAUCCAAGAUUGACAAGUACAGAAGGCUGAUGACGUACUUUUCCAUCAAAAGAACGUUACCAAUGGAUAAUCUCAAGUCAUCUCAAUCUCUCAAAUCUCAAGCCUAAUUAAGAGAUACAGACUUCGUAAAUUUAGGCCAAACAUUUCACUUGUGUGCGUGCACACGUAUGAGUAAUGUACUCGUGAUGACGCGCACAAUCAUUGUUCGCGAACUUUCUUGCUUCCGGUACCAAAUCCAACACAUUAUAUACGCACAUUAUCAAGUAAUUUUUUGAAUCGUUUCCUGCCAAUAUUAGCAACUCUCGGCAGAAAAUCUUUUCAGAAAGCAGUUAGUAUGCAAAUAUUGUAAAUUCUAUUUUAAAAGAGUAAGUGCGGAGUUUCCAUUCCAUUUUCUUCUCGACACUUUUGGAAGGGGCAACUAGAAUCAUCUUUAUAUUUUAUUUAACGUUCAAAAGUGUCAUUUUAUGUGGUCUAAUUGGAUGACUUUGAUACGCGCUCCGUAUGCGAUCUGCGAUUGCUUUGGGGGCGUCCAUAAAUUACGUGAGGUGUUUUUUUUAAUUUUCUGCACCUCCCCCCCCCCUUGGUGAGAUGUCGUGAGAUUUUAUUCAACCCCUCCCCCAACCCCCAAUCUCACGUGAGAUUUUUCAAAAUGUGAGUUUCUUACGUAAACGCGUUGGAUUAUUAUUGUAAAAAGAAAAAAACAAAUUUGCUUCGUGCUUUUAUUUACGACUAGUGAUCUUAAUCGUAUUACGAUUACGCUUAAGAUUAAAUCUUAAGCAUGUACAAUCUGGAUUAAAUGGACCAAAAUAGUAUAUUUUUUUUUGUUUCAAUCAGAAAAAAAAAUUGCGUGAUAUUUGCCGAGACCCCCCCCCUCUCUCCAACGUAAGAUUAGAUGAGAUUUGACUCGACCCCCUCCCCCCCUUAAACACCUCACGUAAUUUAUGGACGCCCCCUUUGCACAAAACGUGCCGCACGAUAUUCUGGUGCAAUCUUACCUGAACACUUUUUAUAACUACUGUUGCAAAAGAAGAAUACUUUCCAAGCAUAGGACAGGCUGUGCUUAAGAUUUGUUUGUUUAUAAAGGUUGAAUUGAGAGUGACAUUUUGGUUUUUGAGAAAUUGGUUAGAGAAAAGCGUUGGGCGACAGCACGGUUUUUUGGGUUGUGUGGAAGUUGCAGAGUCAGAUCUGAUAGCUUUUAUAAUUUGUAUAGUACCUAUUUAUUAUUAUUUAUUUUAGAUGUUAUAUUGUUUUAUAGCUGCCGUUUACAGGAGAGUAUCAAUAGUGCUAAUUUAUUGGCUAUACAACAAAUCCGGCAGGGUUACUCUUUAAAACUGACAGCUGUAGCAUGGUGCGCGGUUGCAGCGUUUCAGGAAAGAUUUGUAUAUAAGUAUGUUUGUAACGAAGUAGCUCACAAAAUACUGUACCGAUAUAUAAUAUUCUUUCACCAUUUGAAUGAUACAUUAUCACCCAUUAAUAAAGGCUAUUUUAAUUGCAAGAAAAAAUAAUGAUCCCUACUAAAGCUACAAUAAUGUUACUCAAGAUUUUAAAAAAGCCUCGAAAAUAUCCUUAUUUCGAAAAUCAUUGAUGAUAGAAAAAAAAAUGUUUCACAAUAUUAAAGAACAUAUUACAUCUACAAAAAAUGUUUAUAAAAUAAAUGUCCACCCGUGCAUAGUCGGGACGGGUCAGUCAUUAAUAACUGUAGCUAGUAACAGUAGUUGUUAACUCAGCCAGAAUGUUCUACAAAUAAAAAUGUUCUUCUACAAAUAAAAUCAAAUUCAGAGAAAAAUAAGCAACUGUCACCCCAUGCACAGCGCAUGAUAUAAUUGAAAUUCCAACAAAAUUUCUGAUUAUUAUAUAACAAAUUGAAAAAUAUAUUUAUAAUGCAUACUAGUAUUUCAAAUAUUAGCCCAAGGUGAAGAUAGUGCAAUCCAUGAAGCUUCCGUCAAUGUUUGAGUGUUAUCGGUACAAUGAACGCUCGGAGCAAACUCCCCGCACCCCGCGAUCCUCUCAUAAAAAGUUGGUGGGGCGCGUCUUCGUGAAUUGCACUAACUGUAACCCCAGUUGUGUUCUAUGCUGUAUUAUUGAUGGGCCUGGAACUCGGGGCAUAGGGAGUGAAUUUGGCUUGUCUUUCAAAGGAGAAUUUUAUAGAAUAUAAUCUUGGCGAUAUAAGCGAUAUUUUAUUACCUUAAACGUUUUCUGAACGAUUUCAUUUGGCUACGUUUUGCAGAGUAAUCUUGCUGUUUUUUUUAGAUUUAGAUAUAGUAAAGGAUUCAAUAGCAUUCUGAAGUUCCUAACAAUAUAACCCAUAGCUUAGUUUAUCUAGGUGCAUUUAAGAAUAAAAUAUAGUAUGAGCACAACUUACGUCUGACAAAAUCAUGAUAGGUCAGACAGGAAAAGUGUCGUCAGUGUCACCAAUAUGGAGAAAAGUUGGUGUACUGUUGCUCCAAGUUAAAGGGAUGAUCCUCUUCUGGUUACUGACAGGCCCUAAGACCGAGACGUUAUACAUAUGAUUAUCGGAAUAACUGUCAUGGUGUCAACUGUCAUAACCAGAGAGGCUCUAAUGAAAAAUAAAGGCGACGAGUCAAAAACUAAAUUUGUAUGAAAAUUAAGUGUUUGACUUUCUACAUACACUACUGCUAAGGUAUAAGUAAAUCCCCACUACACCAACCUUCCUUAACAUAAACUACAAAUUAAUCUUAUACGAUGUUAAUCAAAUAGAAGUACCUAGUUUACAAUGCGUCUUAAUAAAUUCGUCCCGAGCUAAGCCUAAGAUGUAGAGUAUAUCCAUAGAGCGGACUUGACGAAAUGUCAACGUCAAGUAUGUCAUAAUUUGUGUUUGACAGAUUCGUAUAAUUGGUAUGAACAAGUACAAGAGCUGCUUAGUUCUAUAUACACCUGGUUAUUUAAAGAUACAGAUCUUUUGUUACUUUUUGAUAUUUUUUAAGUAUUCGAGCUUCGGCCUCAGAUAAUAGAAAUUAAAAUGGGGGUCGAUUUUUGAAUUGCACCUGAAUCACAAUUCAGGCAAUUAUAUUUUGACAAAGGCGUUUUUACUUAGGCUAUGUGUGUGCUAGGGGAGGAGUAGGUAAAGGGUUCUCCCCUACCUAGAGAAUAUCCCUUUUUCGUUUGCAAGAACUGCCAACACGAGACAAUUUUUGCAAUAUUUGGUAAACGUGUUUCUCUAAAAAGCGACAAGUUAUUAUAUUAUGUUGGUAUACUGUCGGCUCCUUCAAUUUUCAUCUUUCGCCACUUUAUACAUAAUCAAUGUCUUUUCUCCUGGAUUCGAUUCACGAAAUAAUCUGCCAGAUAACAAUGUAAUCGCAUCAAAGGAAAAAUGAAAUUCAUUGAACUCUAGAGAAAUCUCUAUUUUGUAUGGCUUAAAACUUUUUCGUUAUUAUAUGACUAUGUUAAACGAUUACUAUACUCGCGUCAGACUUGAAAUCGGGCGCCGCUCAACUCGGGUUAAAUAUCAUGUUUACUUUUAUUUAUUCAUAGUAUAGCAAAUAUAAGCUGAAGUCUUCACUUGCUUCAUACAACUCUUUCCCAAUACCUACUCCUAGCCUUCUGUCACCUUGACAACUAGGUGGCCACAUGAUUUUUGCUUGAACACCGUCCUGGACUCUAGGUAAAGCCUAGGUAAAAUUCUUGUCCAAACUGACAAUAACAAUAUAUCGAAUUAUUUAAAUUUAUAUAUUUUUCUGACUGACAUAAAAAUGUGAUUAAUAAUUGUUGAUUUUUUUAGAAGUAAAAUGUUUUUUUUUAAUUUGUCACAAUUCAAAAAUCGACCCCAUAUUUGUGUAACAUAAAAAUCUAUUGGUAAGCGUACAUAUCUCAUAGUAAUGGAGAUGUAUUAAUAAUUGUCGUCUUCAUUGUGUUGUGAAUGAGUGUUGUAAAUGUUAUAAAUAUAUUAUAUUGUC